AUGUCUUCUUGGGGACUUGAAGGAGAGCUUUUCUUUUUUGAAGCCGCUGUAGAUAGUGUUAUAAUAAUGUCCGAAGCGGAUGUCGAUGAAGGCUUUGAGACAGAUGGUGAAGAAGUCUCGAAAGUUCCUACUAAAAAGGAACUAAAGGAGUUGCAACGGCGUAAACUAAAGAACAAGAAAAAGAAAGAUUCGAAGAAAAAAAGGAAAGAUGGAAUUGUUCUAAACAGUUUUGGCGCAGGUUUGCUCUUCUGUUCUCUGUGUCAUUCACAGCAUAUUCCAGGAGUAACAUUAACAGGUGCUGAGAAUGACGUUGAUGAGGAGUUGACUGCAAAAAUAGAAUAUGUUGGAGGUGAUUUGCAAAUUGACUCGUCUGAUCCAAACUACAGUUACUUUACGAAAAUUUUUGAAAGUUUCAGAAUUGGGGAAGAAAAGGAGGAAAAGUCUGGAUUUUCAGAACCGAUUUCAGAACCAAAGAAAGAAGAAGCGCCGACGCGAGCUUCAAUAUCAGAAAAAAUCCUCCAGGAAGAAAUGAGCGAAAAAAGAACCACAACAAGGCCAGAUGUUGUAGAAUGGGCUGACGUCACUUCAAGAGAUCCUCAGUUACUGGUAACGCUAAAGGCGUACCGGAAUACAGUACCAGUUCCCAGACAUUGGAACGCUAAAAGGAAGUAUUUAGCUGGAAAGAGAGGUUUUGAACGACCACCUUUUGAGCUCCCUGAUUUUAUAAAACGAACUGGUAUAAUGGAAAUGCGUGAAACUAUGUGGGAGAAGGAAGACGCACAGUCUCUGAAAUCGAAAAUGCGGGAAAGAGCUAGGCCGAAACUAGGCAGGAUUGACAUCGAUUAUCAAAAGUUGCAUGAUGCCUUUUUCAAGUGGCAGACAAAACCACCGAUGACACAGAUGGGUGAAUUAUAUUAUGAGGGAAAAGAACUUGAAACAAUUAUGAGGGAAAAAAAGUGCGGUGAGCUGUCAGACGAAUUGAGAAUUGCCCUUGGGAUGCCAGUUGGACCUAACGCUCAUAAGUUUCCUCCACCGUGGCUGAUUGCCAUGCAGCGGUACGGCCCGCCACCGUCGUAUCCAAAUUUGAAGAUACCUGGAUUGAAUUGUCCAAUUCCAGAAGGUUGCUCCUUUGGGUAUCACGCUGGAGGAUGGGGAAAACCGCCCGUAGAUCAAUUUAAUAAACCCUUAUAUGGUGAUGUAUUUGGUGUUGAGACAUCUGUAUUACCUGAAUUAGAUGAUGAGUCGAGAAUUGAGAGAAGGCACUGGGGUGAAAUAGGAAGUGACGAAAGCUCCAGCGAAGAAAGUGAGGAAGAAGAGGAAGAAGAAGAAGGCCCUGCAGAAACUGGUUUUGUUACACCAGGAACAACUGAAGGUUUUGUUACUCCAUCUGGGAUGACUUCUGGUGUUCCUACUGGAGUCGAGACUCCGGAUACAAUUGAAUUGCGUAAAGGGAAACGCAUUGAAGAGAGUCUUGCUGGUGGUGACACACCUGCUCCUGCACUGUACACAGUGUUGCCGGAGAAGAAAGUCGAGCGUAUCGCGGGUCAAAUGAUGGCUAGUUCUCAUGUCUACGACCUCACGAAAAAGGCUGCUGUACCUGCACCAGCGGCACAGGGUGGUGAUGCAGGAGUCGAGGUUUCUCUGAAUCCAGAUGAUCUGGAUUUGGCUGACCAAAAAGGGUUAGAGAAGAAAUAUGAAGAACAGCUGAGGAAACAGACGAAAAGUCGACAAGAAGACGAAGAUUUUUCCGACAUGGUUGCAGAACAUUCAGCAAAACAGAAUAGAAAAAGGAAGGCUCAAGAACAAAAGAAAACUACUCAACAGCAAAAGAAAUAUAAGGACUUUAAAUUUUAA